CGUACGGGUCUUUGCAUCUUCGCAAUGCUAGCUGUACUCGUGUUAGUUUUUCAAGCCGUCUCAUGUGGUCUAGCGGAGACAGACGCCGGCGCAGAAAGUCUCUUCAAGAUAGAGGGAAAAAUUGUUAUUCAAGGUGCCAAAAUUGAGGAGUGGAGUCAUCAGACGAGAAUUCUUGUAAAUGGAGGCGAGUUCGUCGGCUUCGUACGGUCUGAUGGCAUGUUUACCGUCUCAAAUGUACCUCCUGGAUCGCACUUGGUGGAAGUCUCCUCACCAAACUAUAUGUUUGAGAUGGCGAGAGUUGAGAUCAGCUCCAAAUCGAAAGGCAAGAUGAGAGCAAGAAAAGUGGACAAUGUUCAGCCGUCGAAGGUGGACGCCAUUCCCUAUCCUUUGAGAUUGAAAACUAAAGGAAGGGCUGAGUACUUUGAGAAACGGGAGGAAUGGAGGCUAAAGGAUGCUCUAGCAAACCCAAUGAUGCUGAUGAUGGUACUGCCGUUGAUUCUUCUUGUCGUUCUUCCACGCCUUACAAGUAACUUGGAUCAGGAAAAUAAGGAGACGAUGACGCAAAUGCAGAGCAUGUUCAAUCAACGACCAUCUGAUAUGUUUGACAUGUCAGCAUGGUUACAGCGCAUUUUCUCUGGUGGUAGUAGUAAACGAAGCUCGGCAUCUAAAUCUUCAAAGAAAGCCAUUACUAGCAAACGAAAAUGAGGUUUCAAGUUUCAUAGCGCCGGUUGUAAAUAGUUGAGUGCAUUGGUAGCAGUAUAUAGUUUGCUGUUGGCGAUUGAUUGGAAUAGUAACCAAACGGAUUCUACAAUACAAAUAUAUUGAUUCAAUCACA